AUGGCGCGUACCAAGCAAACGAAGAGAAGUCCUAAAAAGAUUAAAAGAGAUAAUCAAAAUAAUAAUUUGAACAAAGCACGGCCCCAUGAUGUGAAAAAGAAUGACGAUAAUGAGGAAGGAAUUUAUACAGUUGAAAAAAUAUUAGCACAUAGACUAUCAACAGAUGGGCAUGUUCAAUACAAAGUAAAAUGGGCUGGCUAUGAUGAAAAGGAAUCGUGUUGGGUAAACGCUACUGAUGUCUUUGCGCCGAAUUUGGUUACUCGUUAUUGGAAUGAUCGAAAGAUGAAUUCAUCUGUACAGUCUUCCAAAUACAAAGUUAAAAAUAAUAAAUCGAAUAAAGAAUUCAGCCCAAGUGCCAAGAAUGCCCAAUAA